AUGGCGCCGAAACCAGAGCCUCUACAAGCUACACACCCGCACCAGCAGAAACCAGGUCGGACAGUUGACAACAACAGCACAUAUCCUAACUGUAGCCAUCCGCCUGCACUCUUGGACCUCAACAAACUACCCACCUCCACCACGACUGAACUCACAGAGGCCUCCCGCGGGGUCCUGGUGCUUCCUUCAUCCUCCGGGCAGGGACACAAGACGACCCACAGAUACAUUGGUUGCCCACAACCACUAAUACACCACGAGGGGAGGCAGAAGAACACUUACCUAUACCCCUGCUGUGGUGGAGAUCCCCUCAGGCG